CGUCACGGGCUCGGCCGGCCCCCGCGCCCAGGCUGCUGCUCUCUGCUGACUGGGGUGUGGGCGGGGAGCGGUGGAGGGAGGAGGAGGUGCUGCUGGCCGCCGCCGUUGCCUCCUCUGCUGGGCGCCCAGGCAGUUCCCUGGGUUUCUGAGGCCGCCAUGGACGAGCAGGCGGGUCCCGGCGUCUUCUUCAGCAACAACCACCCGGGCGCCGGCGGUGCUAAGGGACUCGGGCCUCUGGCUGAGGCUGCCGCGGCCGGCGAUGGGGCAGCUACGGCGGGGGCGGCCCGAGCUCAGUAUAGCCUCCCGGGUAUCCUGCACUUCCUGCAGCACGAGUGGGCCCGCUUCGAGGUGGAAAGAGCCCAGUGGGAGGUGGAGCGGGCGGAGCUGCAGGCUCAGAUUGCCUUCCUUCAAGGAGAAAGAAAAGGGCAAGAAAACCUGAAGAAGGAUCUUGUGAGGAGGAUCAAAAUGUUAGAAUAUGCCCUUAAACAGGAAAGGGCCAAAUACCACAAGUUGAAAUAUGGGACAGAAUUGAAUCAGGGAGAUAUGAAGCCUCCAAGCUAUGAUUCUGAUGAAGGUAAUGAAACAGAAGUGCAGCCACAGCAAAACAGCCAGUUAAUGUGGAAACAGGGUCGACAGCUACUGCGACAGUAUCUCCAGGAGGUUGGUUACACGGAUACUAUUCUAGAUGUGAAAUCUAAAAGAGUCCGCGCUUUGUUGGGUUUUUCAAGUGAUGUCACUGACAGGGAAGAUGACAAAAAUCAGGACUCAGUUAUAAAUGGCAUAGAGGCUGAAGUUAAAGAGACAGCAAUGAUUGGAAAACCCGAGUUAACAGAUUCUGCCUCUGUGCUGGAUAAUUUCAAAUUCCUUGAAAAUGCAGCUACAGAUUUCAGCGAUGAAGAUGAAGAUGAUGAUGUUGAGGGAAGAGAGAAAAGUGUCACUGAUACUUCAACAAUUGUUAGGAAAAAGAUAUUGCCUGAUAGCACUGAAGAUCGAGCUACAAAAGAGGCCCUAAAGGAAUUUGACUUCUUGGUUACAUCAGAAGAAGGAGACAGUGAAUCUAGAAGUGCAGGCGAUGGAACAGAUUGGGAAAAGGAAGACCAGUGCCUCAUGCCUGAAGCCUGGAAUGUGGACCAGGGAGUAAUUACCAAACUCAAGGAACAAUACAAAAAGGAGAGAAAGGGGAAAAAGGGGGUGAAGAGAAAAACUACCGAAGAUCUGUUUCAGCCCCUAUCCUAUAUAAAACAGUCAAAACAGGGAUGUGGGAGAAUGAAGAAUCAAAGCUCAGGGCCCAAUAGGUCCAAACUACAAGAUAUGCUUGCUAAUUUGAGAGAUGUUGAUGAACUUCCUUCAUUGCAGCCAUCUGUGGGUUCACCUUCCAGGCCCAGCAGUUCCAGGCUUCCUGAACAUGAAAUUAAUAGGGCAGAUGAAGUGGAAGCCCUGACAUUUCCUCCUUCUUCUGGGAAGUCAUUCAUUAUGGGAGCAGAUGAAGCCCUUGAAAGUGAACUAGGACUUGGAGAAUUGGCAGGCCUCACUGUGGCCAAUGAAGCAGAUUCACUAGCUUAUGAUAUAGCAAACAAUAAAGAUGCAUUGAGAAAAACUUGGAACCCUAAGUUUACACUGAGAAGUCACUUUGAUGGCAUUCGAGCCCUUGCUUUCCACCCCAUUGAGCCCGUUUUGAUAACAGCAUCAGAAGAUCAUACAUUAAAAAUGUGGAAUUUGCAGAAAACAGCCCCAGCUAAAAAGAGUACUUCUCUUGAUGUAGAGCCCAUCUAUACAUUCAGGGCUCAUAAAGGUCCAGUGCUUUGUGUGGUAAUGAGCAGCAAUGGUGAGCAGUGUUACAGUGGUGGUACUGAUGGACUGAUCCAGGGCUGGAAUACCACCAAUCCCAACAUCGAUCCCUAUGAUUCUUACGAUCCUUCUGUUUUAAGAGGCCCUCUGCUCGGCCACACAGAUGCAGUUUGGGGCUUGGCUUACAGCGCAGCGCAUCAGCGCUUGUUGUCUUGUUCAGCAGAUGGCACUCUUCGUUUGUGGAACACAACUGAAGUUGCUCCAGCACUAACUGUAUUUAAUGAUAAUCAAGAGUUGGGAAUUCCUGCCUCUGUGGAUCUAGUGAGCAGCGAUCCAAGCCAUAUGGUAGCAUCAUUCAGCAAAGGAUAUACGAGCAUCUUUAAUAUGGAAACGCAGCAACGUAUUCUCACUUUAGAAUCCAAUCUAGAUUCAAUGUCUAGCUCCUCUUGCCAAAUAAAUAGAGUCAUCAGUCAUCCCACGCUUCCCAUCAGUAUCACUGCUCAUGAAGAUAGACACAUCAAAUUCUAUGAUAACAAUACAGGCAAACUGAUCCACUCAAUGGUAGCCCACCUAGAAGCCGUUACAAGUUUAGCAGUUGAUCCUAAUGGCCUCUACUUGAUGUCUGGCAGUCAUGACUGUUCAAUACGUUUAUGGAAUCUAGAAAGUAAGACAUGUAUCCAAGAGUUCACAGCUCAUCGGAAAAAAUUUGAAGAAUCAAUUCAUGAUGUAGCUUUCCACCCAUCCAAAUGCUAUAUAGCCAGCGCUGGAGCUGAUGCACUGGCCAAAGUCUUUGUAUGACAUGAUGCAUCACCUUGACCUUCUAGCUCUUUAUAAAUAAUCAACUGCACAAAGAGAUACAGAAGACCAGGGAAAAAUCAACUGUCCCUGCCCUUUUGUUCUGCUGAAGGAGCACAGAAAACAUUUGUUAAAGUAUAGUUUUGCAAUUCCUGUACUGUUUUCUAAAACUAAGGUUUGUUCAGGUUGCUGCAAGCUCAGUUGAAUCUGUGAACCUGAAAACUGUUUCAAACUUCCCCCAGAGAGACACUUCCGAAGUAAUUCUAAUUCACUAGGCAAACCUGAGCAAACACACGUUUAGCGUGUCCUUAUUGAGGAAACAGGGCAUGCUGUAGUGGAUAAUUAAAAGUUGAAUGGCUGGGAAUGAUAAAGGCAGAGCAGAAUCUUAGACCUACUUCUCCCCUGAGAAAUCCUAUUAAACAUAUUAGGUAGUUAAAAAAGUAACCUUUAAUAAAGGUUGGUAUCUGCUGUACCAAUCCCAUCGUUUAUAAUGACCAGACCAGUGUUAAAAUGAGCUUUUAGUUUAGCUCCCCUUUAAGCUAUUUGCAUAAAACACAUGGCAAAGAUUUUACCUAUUAAGGACGAAGAUGCAAUAAUAUGUUAAGUAAAUUACUAUUCAGAAGUGCUAAACAAAUAUUUCAUUUGCAAGAAAUUACCUUUAUUACGUACGGUUUUGAAAGUAGAUUUGGUACCAUUCUAAAAUUCAGCUGUUAAAAACAUUCACCAUUUAUGAAGAAUAGUUGAGAGUUUACUUUUACUAAUGUAUUUAACUUACUCAAAUUAGAGGUUCUGUUUAUUUUUAAAGAUAAACAGGGCAUUUCUUUAUAAUAAUUUCUAUUUUAAAAUUUACCUUAUUCAUGUGAUAUUUAUAGUACCAGAGUGAUUAUUUCAUUUUGAUGUAAUUUUACCUUCGUGUGACUGAAAAGGAAGUUAAUUGCUGAUACUCAUUUGUUAACUCUCUCCUAACCAUAGUUAUAUAACCUCCCCUUUCUUCCUUGUUUGCCACAUUCAUGUUAUCUGACACCUGAAAAAAAAGUUCAUAAUUAUUAUGUCCUAAUAGUCCAAAGAGCAUGGUUAGCUUCAGGCAGCUGCUUUUACAGCAGUACUAACUAAAACAAGUAUUUUGUGCACCCCUCCCCCCAUUAGUAUCACUAAGUAUCACUAAGAAGACUCUCCUGGAAAUCUAGAUGAAAUAAUUUAAUACUUUUUGUGGAUUAAAAAAUCUUCCCUCUUUUUAAUUGAAAUACACAUUCUGAUGUGCAGCAAAUUAAUAUUUUUUCUGAAUCCAUUUUACCUAUGACCCACAGAUUGGGUUUUGGGAUUCUCAUGACCCUAUUAUAUGCAGUUAAUGCCUUCUCAUGCAACUUCGGUCUCUACAACUGGUAUGCCUCUCUUCAUGCUCUUUCUCUUCAUUGCUCCAAAUGACAGAAACUAAUCUAGAUAUUAAAAAUCAAUUCGCAGUGCCCUGCUUUACAUAAAAAUGUGCAUACCAUGGGUCUCAGUCUUCAAAAAAAAUCAUAUCCAUAAAUAUUAAACCCACUUAAAUAAUUCCUGCAUUGCUAUCCCUACAUUUCAUUGUCAUGGCAGUGACAUUUCUGAUGAUAGGUACAUCUUCUUGUGAUGUUAUGAUAAUAAUUGAAAAUAUUUCAUCUUGGUGCUUUGGUUAACAAGUGGGCUUGAAAGAUUUUUUUAUGGUCAAGUGAGUUAACCUGGACAUAAUUUACCAGGUAAAUGCUUGUGUUUCCCUGCAUAUAUAGAAUUCUACAUUGUAGUAAAUUCCUUUCUAUUCUUCAUGAAGUGAAGAAAGGGUGUUGCUAACCUUUGUUUGUACUACAAUACUGGGCAAUCCCAAUCAGGUGCCCAUACUUGUUAUAACGUCUAUAAUGGAUGACCACAAAGCUAUUGUUCUUACCAGUUGCUUUAAUUACCUUCCAGGUCUGCAGUGUCUGCUUUACUUACAUCACAGAAAUUCUGAAAACCAAAAUGGUGGUUUUCCCUGUUUGUUUUAUUCCCAUGGUUAUAGUUUUUUCUGUUAGUGAGUGGAAAAUAACCUAACGAUAUGCUAGCAAUACAAAUGAUAGAACUGUUUAAAGUUCCUUAGGAAGCCAGUGCUCCACCAUUUGAGAUAGUACAUAGAAAGAAUCUUAUAUACUAGCACUGUAUGAACCCAGCCUAGAAAUGAGCCAAAGUUGUCUUCCAUUCAGAUGGUAACAUAUACACAUGUCUGACUUUUCCUCCAUCCUAUUGAAAAUUACAAGAAAAUUGGCAAAAUUGAAGAUUCAGUCAUUGCAAUACUUUUAUAAUGCUUGAAUUUUAAAUGUUUUGGAUGGAAUGUAUUGGAAUAUUAUGAAAAUCAGGUGGCAUGGGUCCCUGCCUUAUUUCCAUAUGCUAAGGAUACAUCUCUGGGAGCUUGCAGUACCCUUUUCAAAACUCAGCUGCCAUGUGGAGCUCAUUUGUUACUCAGACCAUAGACAGAUAUUUAACAUGAGUGAGUUAAUGACCUUCAGUAUUUUUCUAUUGAACAAAUUUAGCAAUUUUUGCCAUUAACCAGAUAGUUAUGCAACGUAUUUAGCUUUUAUAAUCAUUUUAGUUAUGAGUAAAGGGGGAAAAUUAAGCUGCAUCACUGAUAAUGAACUUAAAUGAGAAAAUUUUUUGUUUAUCUGAAUUUCAUUCCUUCAGUAUUCUUGCUAUAAAUUUCUUUUGAAGAUAAUGAUGAAGAUUUAUUUGAAAAUGUCUAAAAUGUAUGUAUAUUUUAUAAAUAUAUAUUAUAUAUAUUAUAUAAAUAUAUAUAUAAUAUAUAGACUAUAUUAUAUAUAUAUAUAUAUAAAAACCAUAGGUGCAUUUUACUGUUUUGUAUUUUCAUUUUGGGAGGUAGUAUACACAGCAGAUAAUGAGUAUGAUGAAUGUUGUGCUUUUUGCAGUAUAAUAUAUAGUUCUAAAUGUUUGAAUUACUGUAUAUACUCUUAAUUCAUUAUAGGCUAGCAUGCUUGUUUUAAAAACUGUCGUUCUAGUUUAUUAAAAUCUGAAUGUAAGAAAACUUGGCUAUUCAAAUGUGAAUUGAAAAAAUACUCCAUUCUCAGUACUGAACUAUUUUCAUUAAACAUUCAGGCUUUUUAACAAAAUAUAAAUCAUCCAGAAGGCAAUAGCUAGAAAAUGAGAGGUGCCUUUAAAAAAAAAAAAAAAAAAAAAAAAAGAGUACAAAUGCAGCCUUACAAGUGAGGAUGGAGAUGGAGUUUGUGUUUGGGGGGCAGUGAAAGGAGGAGAGAAGGGGAUGGAGAGAGAGCGAGCGAGCAUGUGUGUGUGCUUGUGUGUACUUGCCAAUCUGUGAAGGUCCUGAUUUGUGACCAUCAAUGUCUUUUUAAUGUAUUUGCUCAACCUCUAGGACUUCAGGGGACAUUUCAUGCUCUGUCUUUGUGCUCUUUAGAGCACCAUGUAUACUUUAGAAUUUCGAAUGUGAAUUCCUAGAAAUUUCAGUAGAGAAUUAAUAGCUAUUGUUUAAUUAUAAUCAGGUUCAGGUUAAAGGAGAAAUUAUUCACUUAAAUUGUGAAACCUCAUUAUCAUUGUAGGUUUUUAAAAGUCACUUUUUUAGUAAUUCAUAUGUCUAUCUCCUUUUUAGACAAGAGCGUGUAAAAUUCUUAUGUGUUGAAGAUUCAACUAGUAACAAUUAUUUUUAAACACCUGAACGAGUUAAAAUUCCACCUAAAAAUAGUCUUAAGUAUUUAAGUGGCAUCUCUCAUAUCUACCUCGUUGUCAUUGCUGCCAUUUUAACUAAAGUAACACUCUAUGACAUCUGAAAUGAUGGUUGGAUGCAAUUUAAAAAUCUAUGUUGGUGCUUUUCUCAGGCUUUGUCAUUUAAGUUGUAUUGUCACAGUCAGAUUGAAAGACUUAGAAUCAGUUUUGGUUUUCAUUGGAAAGAGUGGCUUAAAAUUAACUAUCAGUGUUUUUGUGAGUGGAAAUAAUCUCUCUGGUUGGUGUAUAUCUGUGUGAUGUUUUCAACCAACAGACAUUGUUGCUGAAUUUAUAUGAAAAAAAGAUUUAAAUGUAAUUUUAUUCAACCUAUUUUGAAAGCUGUUUCCAGCCUACUGAGUAUAUAAUCACUCAUCUUAAUUACUCAGAAGUUGCCUCCAUUAAUGUUACUUGUUUAUGUAAUAGAACUUUAAGUGUUCAACACUGGGAUUCUGGUUGUACAAAAGUAUAUAUAUUUUUGUGAAAUGUACCAAUUCAUAAAUUCCAUUUUAGGGCAAAGUCCAGAAAACUAACGCCUGUAUUUGAAAGCAGAGAACAGUUAUUUGCAUCAUUUUACCUUGGCUACUAAAAGCUUUUUAGUUGGCCACAUCUAUCAUCCAACUGGUUGUCAAUACCAAAGUGAGGGAUUCUAGAUUGACAAAGUAUUUUGCAGAUUCUUUAUAUAUAUUUUUAAUCAUAAAAAUAGUCACAAAUGUUAGACCAAAAGGAUCCGUAAAUUCUACCCAUUUAUUCUAGCAGUAUUCCUGAAGUGGUACUUAGGGGACAUAAUUUUCUGGAUCUUUGCUAAUCAGGCUUUAUGUUUGAUUUAACUGGGACCACACACUUGUCAUCCCUUUGAAGCAAAUUAGCAAGUUAAUUUUAAUUUAGAUUAAUGUCUGCCUGUGUAUUUGAGCAGGCUGUGAACCAGUGAGUGCCUUGUUAAUGUAAAAUGACUUCCUGCAUGUUGUAUGUUAGCUCUCUCUAAAAAUGUCUCAAGAGAAUGGUAUUUUAAUUGCCAUGUGGAGAGCUGCUAAAUUUGGCAUUAUCAGCAUUAGAAAGUCUUGGAUCUGCCACAUACCUCCUUCCCUGCUUUCUCUUCAUUGUUUGGCUAAAGUUGGCCUCUUGUGAGAAAACAUACUUUUUCUACUCCAGAUUAAGAAAUAACCCCUAGCCCCUUCCCAUCUGUAUUAUCUAAUAUCUGUUUUUAGGAGAAACACCUUCCUUAUGAAUUCUAAUCUAUUAUUUUGUCUUCUCAACCUUAUUUAGAGCUGAUCUCAAGGUAUCAUCAAUUUAAACCUUUCUCUCCACACCCAAGCUCCCAGCUGGUGAGCCCUGGGCCAGAGUGUGAUCUUCAGGUAUUUUACAUUUUAGUUAUAAUAUGAUUAAUAUAAAUUAAUCAAAUGCUAACUUUUGUGGUGUAAGAAGUUUCCUUUGUAAAUUCAGGUUGUGGAUAAGCUCAUUAAGAUAAUACAUUUUUGGUGGCUCUAAGUGUAUUAUUUGGUUUUAAAUAAAGUGUACAAAUAUAGAUUCUGUGGUAUAGGUGUCUCAUGAAUUGCAGUAUUUGUCAGACGUGGAAUCUAGCUGUGAUCUUGCAGUGAAUCCAUUUGAGGCUUUUGUUGGAGGGAUAUUAGGGUGAGGCAUGCAGAAAGUUAAAGGGUAUUAGACAAAGUAUAUGUGAAUCCAAGUAAUGAAGUGAUCUUAAUUGUUGAUUAUGUGGAAGUAGAGAAGUUUAUCAUUAAAUAAAAUUUGGGGCUUUGAAAAACCAGUAAAACUAAAAUACCCUGUAAGUUGGAUCAGUGACAGUUUUGAAGGACAAAUAGAUUAUCUUUCAAAUGUUUGACCAAAUGAUUUUUUAAAUUCAUAUAACUGCACAUACAUAAAUUUAAUAUUUUUUUCUUCAUUUGACUAUUUGGCAAUCAUGAGCUCUUCACAUCUUCUACCUCUUCAGUAUUUUUCAAAGGCUUUGCUUGCUCAAACUCAGUGUUCUUGUUGCAAUUUGGAGUCACAGUAUAAUGGAAUCUAAUAAGUACCUCCUCUUCUGUCAUCUUUAUCCUAGCAGUGUUGGAAAUGCCCUUUGUCCUUUUUUAUAAGAACUGAAACACGAUUGUUGGAAUAAUUUUGGAAUAAUCUAGCUUAGAACAUCAAGAGGAUGGCAAAGUUAUUCAUGAAUUGGUGAACUGCUGGUGUCAGCCUAAGUCAGAUAGUAAGUACUCUGACCUAUCUUGAGUUUCCCAAGACUGCUGAGGCUGUGAGUGUUUGCAGCAUUAUCCUGGCACUUGAGGUAUUUUCAUAGUCAUCUUGAAGUCUGUCAGACCGUUUAAUACCAACACCAUGAUCAUGAAGUAUCUCUCCACUUAAUUCCUCAGUGCAUUGGCCAGGACACUCCAGUUCGGUAAAGAAGCAUGACAUACAGCUCUCUCUGCAGCUCUAAAAUCAGAAUCUAUAGUUUUCUGGAACAGAUUUUAUUUUUUUCAGUGUUGGGCUCAAAGCCAGGCCCUCUAUCAUCCCUGUAAAGCAAGUGCUGUACCACUGAGCUUCAACCUCAGUCCUCUAGAACAAAAAAUUUAAUUUAUGUGUACCUGCAAAAGCAGAAUCUAAAAAUCCAGCAGUGACUCAUUUUAAGUGUCACUUAGACUCCGUCUACCUUAAACCCUUCUUUAUUCCUAAAGGUAAGGCUCGUUAGUCAAAUUUAAGGAAGAAUCUGAUAUUUGAGUAGAAUCUGUUGAACCCAAAUAAUAGAAAAGGCCUUUUUCUUAGAAAGUUCAGUCUUGGUUGAUUUAGCAAUUCACCAUAUAUGGAGACUAGUCCAAAUGAUAACCUCACAUUGAUUUUGUUGUGCACUUAUUUAGAGAGCUCAAUUAGCUCAGCGAUUGUAAGAAGAACCACAGUAAGACGUCUGUUGACUGGCACUAGAAUGUAAGAGUUAGUGCUUUUAAUUUAUGUGCCAUAGUUUUUUAUGCCCUUGAAAGGUCCACUAUAUGUACAAGAUUCUCAAUUAUGUAACCUCAAACCAAAGAUGUAAAGAUCUAGGUAGGUAGGUAAGUAGAUAAAUUGACACAUGUAUAGAUAAUAGAAUGAUAAAAUUAAGAGUACUGAAAGGGAAACCCAUCAUUCACAAAUAAUGAAUUUUCAAGCUGAAGAACUUCUGUUAAGAAGCAAAAUAUUAUGUUAAUCAUGAGUUGUAGCAGUAAGCUACUUGUUGUUCAUAUGUAAUAUGCAGAGAUACUAAGUAUACUAGCUUUAACUACCCUUGGUGGAAGUGGGGAAAGAUGGUGAUUUUUCAUACAUAAGUCCGCCUUCCCCCCAGUAUUGGGAUUGAACCCAGGACCUUCACACUUGGCUACAGCCCCAGUCCCUUUUUAUUUUGAGGUGGGGUCUCAGUAAGUUGCUAAGUUGUCCAGUUGCCUAGGCAGGGUUCAACAUUUAAUUCUCCUGCCUCAGCCUCAACCUCCCAGAGUGCUGGGAUUUCAGGUGUGCACCACCACACCCACUCUAACAGAAUCGUGUAGCAAAAGUAAUUUCAUCAUAAACACUGUACUUUAGAUGCUGAGCAACUGGUGAGGUUGUAGGGAAAAUAAAAAAAUCAGCUUGAGAUGAAGGCCACUACUGCCUUCUGUUUCUCCUAAAGUGGGCUGUAAAGUACUUUCUACCUCAAAAAGUGAGCAACUCCAAGUUUGGUUGUCAUUGGUGAAAGAUUCUGAGGAAGGACAUCAAAAGUAUUUCAGAGCCCCCUAGUAUAAUAUCAGCCAUUAUCUUAUUUUAGGAAACUAUUUAUAUAAGCCCAAAUGUGUUGUGUCUACAUAUGUCAGAAAAUAUCAGACAAGUGUCUGAGUAAUAUGAAAAACUACAAUCAUUUUUACAAAAUGAGUUCUGUUUAGGGUGGUUUUAACUAUAUUUUAAAAAACAUCUUAAAAUGUACUGAGAUCUUUUCCCACGUAUAAAUAUCAUAUUGCUAAAAUAAUUUCACUGAGUGCAUAUUUUAGAAAAAGCAAAACUUAGUGGUCUCAUAUGUUGAUUCAUUGUGAAUAUUUCCUCCCUUCUCCAAUUCAGUAUUCAGUUGCUGUGUAGGAACGCUUACAUAGUAAAUGAUGCUGUAUUUUGUUGACUGAAAACCAGUAUUUUUUCACAUUUUUUGCAGAUAGAGUGGAGGUUUGGUUAUCUGACACAUGUGAGUGGAACAUUAAGCUUACAGCAUGUAUACCACGUGAAGUGCUUGCAGUGUCCUCUUGCAGCUAACAGGGUUAGGGACUAAUUUCUCUUCAUGUAGAUUUUGAAAGUACAGAGUUUCAGCUAAAGCAGCAUUUCACUUAAAUUCAUUUUCAUGAAAACUUUCAUUUUCAAAGAAAUAGUACUUGUUUGUAUAUAUCUCAGGUCAGAAGGAAGCAGACUUUUUUAACUGUAUAACAUUUUGGUUUUUAUUCCUUUUGGUCAGCCUUUUAAAAUUUAACAUAAUUGUACACAUUUAUGUAAUAUGUGAUGUUUUGACUCAUGUACAUUUUAGAUAAUUGUCUACUCAGGGUAAUUAGCAUAUAAUCACCUUAAACUUACAUCAUUUAUGGUUGAUACAUUCAAAGUCCUCUAUUUUAUUUUGAGGUAUAUAAUGUAUUAUUAAUUAUGUGCACCCUUGUAUGCCUGUAGUACACUAGACUUAUUCCUUCUUUCUAAAGGUAACAUUGAUUCAUUCAAUAAGUUCUCCCCUGUGUCCUGCCCUUUAUUCUCUCCAUUUUCUGUUAACCAUUUCCUAUGAGAUCAACUGUUUAGAUUCCACAAGGUGGGAUCAUUUAGUGUUUGUCUUUCUGGUUUAUUUCACUUAGUAUGUUCUCCAGGUCCCUCCUUGCUCUUACAAAUGACAGAAUUGUGUGCUUUUGUGUGGUUGAAUAGUAUCCCUUGAGUUGGGAAAACUGCAGAGAAAGAGGAAUUCCUAAUACUUUGUGGAAUUGUAAAUUAGUGCAGCCAUUAUGAAAAAUAUGGAGGUUCCUUUAAAAAAUAAAAAUAGAACUACCAUAUGAUCCCAAAAUCUCAUUACUGAUUAUAUAUCCAGAAGAAACAAAAUCGGCUUCAUAGACACCUGCAUUCUCAUGGUCAGCCUUUUAAGCAAGCAAGACAAUAAACUUUAUUUCUGUGAGUUACUUAAUAUGUAUCUACUGGCUAAGGUUUGUUUGUUUUUUAAAGCUUGCAGGCUUCUUUCUCUUUAGAAACAUUUUCUGGAGGCAGAAAUGAUUUUAUUGUUGACCUUAGUUGUAGAUCACAAUAUAGUGCCCUUGGUGUAGGCAGUUGAUAUAGCUUACCUUUACCGAUAAAAUACACAAAAAUUUUACUUUGUGUGAUUUUUAGAAAGUCUUUAGGGAGUACAAACUUUGAUAAGAAAUAUAUGAUCAGUUUAUUUUAUACAUCACCUUUCAUAGUCUUGUGGAUUUUUUUCCUAUGCAUGAGAAAGAGGUGGUGAUUUUGUUAAAUUUCUUGAUUCACCAUCCUCAACCCAGAUUUUCAGUAUAUUAAGUGCUGUUUAUUUGUUACUUAACAAAAUAAAACAGAUAAUGACUUGAGUAAGUCCCCGACUUACAAGUGAGUUCCAUUUCGGGAGAUGUUCUUUAAGUCUGACUCAUUCAUAACCCCCAACACUUUUGAGACAAAUACAUAGUGUGAAACAAAAAUCAAACACGAAAAUAUUACAAAUAAUACUUAUACAGGUACCUUAAAAAGAGCACUGUACUGCUACUGUGCAUUAUCACACUGUAUAGGAAGCAUGUGCACCACAACUGCGACAGUGUCCGGCAGACAUACGAGCAGCUCCCGCGAUUGGUUUGCAUCUACUGCUUGUAAUGCAAGGUUCAUUCGUGUCUGUGGAAGUUCGCAGUUUGAAUAUUUGUAAGUCAGGGACUUAAGGAAUUCACUUCUGUCUUUAUAAGCUUCUUGAGGAUGAGACCGUAUUUUUUUUUCUUAUAUUCCCCUUAGCAUUUCUGGUGCCUUUUCAUGUAGAGGGAAAUCAAAUAUUUGUUGCUUAUCAUCAACCUAUAUAUUUCAAAAUUCUAAAUCUGUCAAGCAUCAAAAACAAAACAGAUCCUUUCUAAUCCCCAAGUAGUGUUCAAAUUCAUUUAGACCUGUGGAUCUGAUCUUAAAUUUGAGUUCUAUUCCUUGGUUAGGGGAGGAUUUGGACCUGACCUUACAGGUGCCCAAGGCAAUAGAAAGCCCAGUCAGUGCCCUUGUCAUGCUGCACACUUCUAGUCCUGCUUGUCUGGGAACUGAACACCACACCUCGGAGAGGAGAUGUCUAUAGCUUGCUAAUGGCACCCCUCGCCCCACCAUAUUUGAGUACCUACUCUAUGCUAAAAGUUUUAGAUGCUGGCAAUGUGUAGAGAGCAGACGCGAACGUUUCUAAUGUGAUUUAUGUUUCAGUUGAGAACAAACAAACUGUAUUAAAUAUUAGUGGUAAGUGCUGAAGAAAAAUUUAGGAUGAUUUAAUGUUUUUGAAGCUGUAAGAAUGAUACAAGUGAGUAAUACAAUUUAAGUUACUGUUAAAAGAAUACAAAAAACAAAUAAUAAAAUGAACAUUUAUAUAAUGGUAAAACCAA